AUGGAACUCGCAGCUUUUGUCAUCGGUACAUCCAGCCUGAUCAGUGUUGCUGAGGUGUGUCUUACACUCGCCCGCGCCAUUGAUGGGGUUAAGGCCUUCAAGGAGGAAAGCGCAUCGCUUUACGCGGCUUACAACUUCGAGCAAGUUCGGCUCACGCUAUGGAUCCAUCAUGUGGUUGGCAUCGCACACUCCCCAAUCGAGAUUGACAGACUCAAGAUCGACGACGGAGAUUUGCCACCAGUAUUGACAUCAGAAUCUCCCAUCAACCUUCACCAGCCUUUACAGAGUGCCUUGACCGAGGUGGCCAAGAUUCUGAAAAAGCUCAAUCAUCUCCUUGGCAAAUAUGGAGCGAACGAGGUGUCAGUUACUAGACGCAUCCGGUUCCAGACGGGGAUCUUCAAGCAGGGCGGAAAGGAUGAAAUCCGUGAAUUGCUGGCGCAACUGAAGAAUUGGAAUGAUAGUCUGGACCGUGUCUUAGAGAGCAGAAUGCGGCAACAUCUCAUCUCCAACAUGCACAUUCGCCUAUUAUCUGCCGCUCAGACGGAUCGGGAGCUUGAAGUCAUCCAAGGCGCAGCACAAGGUACCCAUGAGUCUCUUCGCCAAGAAGCAGCGUUCAGACGUCAAAUUUUGAGCAUCGCAAAUCGGAGUGACGGCAUUCCGAGUGGUUUGAAGAUAUCUUCACACAAUAUCAGCCCAAGUCUUCCUCCAGCAAUGAAGAAUGGUGCUUUCCGAUAUAUGGGAAAAUUCGACCACCCAGGUGUCCGACCGAUCCGUGUCCUCCAAGAAUGGAAACUUGGCCAACCCAACUGGGGUGACAAUGAGCGCACCACGGCAACCACACGCGCGGAUCGCCUUGCCAGCAUGCUACGUAUUGAGCAUAAACCACCUAAACUUCGCUGCCUGGACCUUGCCGCUUAUACCAUCACUGAUGGACCCCAGAAUCGCCUGGACUUCUGUUUCCUAUACCACCCGCCCCCUUUCGCCAAUGGUGCAAUUCUGCCCCUUACCCUGCACACAGCUCUAACCACGCUAUCAGAGCGAAAGCGGCCGACUCUGGCACAACGAUUCGGCAUUGCAGCUACGUUGGCGGAGUCGUUGCUGGCCUUCCACACCGCAAAUUGGCUACACAAGGCCGUCUGCAGCACUAAUGUGCUUUUCUUUGCCGAUGCACAAAACGAACUUCCGAACUUCCGACAGCCCUUCAUGGCUGGCUUCGAGUUUUCGAGGCCAGACACUGUGCGCGAUCUUACACUUGAGGGGCCGGCGAGCUCAAGUGGGUUCGAUGCGUAUUGUCAUCCAGAGCUUGUGGCAUCGCUGACUGGAAAUGGAGAAAGGAGAAGACGGUACCAGCGGCGAUUCGACAUCUAUGGACUGGGUGUCGUGCUGCUGGAAAUCGGGUGUUGGAUGACAGUUGCGACGAUCUUGCGGUCUAGGCAGGGAAUGGAGGGGACUACGCACGAUCAUCUGCUUGAAACAGUGAAGAUGUCGUUGCCAUCACGGGUCGGAUCGAGGUAUAAGCAGGCUGUUUGGGAGUGUCUCCACUGGGAGGAGGACGAGUCUGGGAAUGAGCCUGGCAGCCAAUCUGGGUUCCAGCAUGAGGAUGAGACGGAGGAGCUCCGUGCGCAGAGACAGAGGCAGAGGGAGACACAAAUCGAAGAUUUUGCGAAUACAGUGGUAGCCGUAUUGAGGGAUUGCCACUGCACGUUGUAG